ACUGGGUUCAAGAAGUGGGAGGUAAGUGAAAUUCUUAAACUGUGUUGAUGUAAUGCGCUGAGUGUAUGUAGUUCGACACAUGAGCUCUGAGCUCUGCAUACGAGCUUCGAGAUUUGAACAGUCGAAAUCAGUCCCGUUCUACAACUCUAAUCUCCGCUCCGCUCCGCUCCGCAUCUGUGAGUGCGUGAGGUCUAGAUGCGAUGGCGGAAGCACAGAGCCGAUUUUUCGGAAAUACGGCAAGAUGAUGCAAGGACUUCGCCUACGGCAAAGACGGCAGCCCAUGUUCGCCCUGCUAGCACUGGUUUGUUUAAGAGGAUCAGCCUUCGAAGAAUGAAAAUAAACAGAUCGUC